CCAGAGUACCAAGAACCGUUGCUAAAUUUUAUUGAAUGUUCUAAAAAUAAUGUAAAUAUUCAAAUUGCUUCCGCUAAUGCCAUUACAGUUUUAUCAUGUGCCAAAAUACCGCUUCCAAUAAAUUUAGACAAUAUUCGUAUUCAAGGGGCGAAUUUGAGCAAUGGAGUUUUUAAAAUUUUCCAAUUUGUAAGAGCUGAUUUAAGUAACGUGAAUUUUCAAAAUGCAGAUCUUCAAUAUGCGAAUCUCAGAG